AUGGCUCAAACCAAAACCAUAUCACCACCGCUUUCUACGGCAGCAAAUGGCAUUUGCUCCGACGAAACCUCACAAAAACAUACUUGCAUGCACGACGGUGGGCAAUGGAAAGGCUCAUAUGCAGCCUUAGGCUUCAAUCCGGAAGAUGAAACCUUUGAAGUGGGACAACAACAAAAGGCAUUGUUCAUGCCAUUGAUAAAACAACGAAUUAAGUUAAAGGAAUCCCAAGAUGAUAAAUUUGGCUCUUCAUAUAUUGACAAAUUGUUGGAUAUACAUCUACAGGACGACGAGAACCGGAAGCUUGACAAUGACGAACUCACCGGUUUAUGUUCAGAGUUCCUCAACGGUGGAACUCACGCUACAACCUCGACACUACAAUGGAUGAUGGCGAAUCUGGAGAAACAUCAACACAUUCAAGAGAAAUUAUUCAUGGAGAUCAAAAGGGUAUUAAAAGACGGUUCAAAACUGGUGAACGAAGAAGAAUUGCAGAAGAUUCCAUAUCUUAAAGCUGUAAUCUUAGAAAGUUUGAGGAAACAUACAUUAGGUACUUUUCUGACGCCACAUUUAUCUACGGGGGACAUCGAUUUUAAUGGCUCUAAAUUGCCCAGAAACAUGAUGGUUUAUUUCAUGACCGACGACAUGACUAUGGACCCCAAGGUGUGGGAUGAUCCCACCAUUUUCAGACCGGAGAGAUUUGUAACUAGCCAUGAAAAUGGUGACGUGAUUAAUUUUAUAACUGAGAAAAGGGAGAUUAAAAUGAUGCCGUUUGGUGCGGGAAGAAGAAGCUGCCCGGGACAUGCAACGGCGAUGCUGCAUUUGGAGUAUUUUGUGGCGAAUUUGGUUUGGUGUUUGGAGUGGAAGAAAGUUGACGGGGAAGACAUUGAUAUCGAACCAAAGCAAGAGUUCGUAAUGACCAUGAAGAAUCCAUUGAAAACAAUUUUACUGCCUAGAUUCUAA